GGCCAUCUUUCUUGCUUGGCAACUUUUCGUGGCUUUCUUGUGGAGUGCAAAGUGCGUGGUCGCGUGUAGUGCCGGUGAAAAGUGCAAAUUUUGCCUGAAAAUCAUCGUUUUCAUAGAGCUUGGUUGUCGAAUUUUUGUCGUUGGUGCCAUCAGUGACUAGUUCGUUCUUGGUUCUCAUAAGGUGUGCACCUAUUUCGUCGCUUGAAUUGGAAGUGUUUUGGAAGUGAUGGAUAACGACAACGACCAGCAGAAUACCCGUGACCGUUCCCGUCGUAACGAUCGGGGCCGCAACAGUUCCCGUUUUAGCAACGACCGGGACCGUAGCCGUGAUCGUGAGCGUGGCGAUUGCCGUCGGAUUUACGUUUCGAACGUUCCGUACGAGUACCGUUGGCAAGAUCUGAAGGAUCUGUUCCGUAAGGAAGUGGGUGAUGUGUCGUUCGUUGAGCUGUUCCACGAUGAGAACAAUAAGCCAAGAGGCUGCGGAAUCGUGGAGUUUGAAAAGGCCGAACACGUACAAGCCGCUCUCGACAAAAUGAACCGCUUCGACAUCAACGGUCGCCAGUUGGUUAUCAAGGAGGACUACGGCAACGAACGGGACAAGUAUGGCCGGGUUGUGCCGAAGUCGUUCCGCGGGGAUCGCGACGAUAGCAGCCGUCGUCGGGAUCGUGAUGAUGAUCGCAUUUCGGGACGUGAUGAUGGUGGUGGUUUCAAUCCGGACUUCAAUACCUACGGUCUCAGCAUCAAGUUCUUGGAAGGUCUCGGCAUUCAGGGACCUCUGCAUACGCGUAUCUUCAUUGCCAAUCUUGAUUACAAGGUCGAUGCUAAAAAGCUCAAGCAGGUCUUCAAGAUGGCCGGCAAGGUCCAGAAUGUGGACCUGUCUGUCGACAAAGACGGCAACAGCCGGGGUUUCGCAGUCGUUGAGUACGAUCAUCCCGUCGAGGCUGUCCAGGCAAUCUCGAUGUUCGACAGGCAAAUGUUGUUCGAUCGUCGCAUGACCGUUCGUCUUGAUCGCGUGCCGGAGAAGGGUGAGCUUAACCGUCUGCCGGAGGGUUUGAAGGGUAUCGGCAUCGGUCUCGGUCCGAACGGCGAACCAUUAAAGGACGUGGCUCGCAAUCUUCCCACGUUACAACAGAAUAAUCAGGUUCAGAACAAUCCCAUCCAAAACGCUGCUCCGACUCCGGUUCAACCUCCACUCGGUGCAAACUUGUUGAGCGCUGCUUCCGGAUUGAACAGCAAUCUGGCCGCUCAACUCAGUAGCGUCGUUGGCUUGUCCAAUUUAACUGGUAAUUUGCAAAAUUCUCUGUUGAGCAAUGCUGCGGCCGGUUUGUCCAAUUUGACGGGCUUGGGUAAUCUUACCGGCGGAGGUGGUGGUGGCGGUCUUAGUGGACUCGGUGCAUCCGGUGCUUCCGCAUUGGCUGGUCUUAGUUCCCUUGGUGGAGGAGGAAAUGACGGUGGACUCGGCGGUAGCAACUUCAACCAGAACUAUUCUUCUGGGGCAUUUGGAGGCAGCGGUGGCGGCAACCGAGGAAACGACUACGACAUGGGAUCGUCCAAUGUCCGCAACUACAGCACUGCACCGAAUGACGAUUACGGACGUAGCUAUGGCGGCAUGAAUAACGGAAACAAUCGCAAAACAUCCGACACGAUUGUUAUUCGCAAUAUGCCAAUCUCCUGGACAUGGCAGACCCUUCGGGACAAAUUCCGUGAUGUCGGAGAAGUCAAGUUUGCUGAAAUCCGCGGACAGGACACUGGCGUCGUUCGCUUCGCCAAGGAACGAGACGCUGAGGUUGCCAUAAAAUUAAUGGACGGUUCGCGUUUCGAUGGUCGCACCGUUGAUGUCACAUUCUUCUAAGCACCUAGCCGGAGGUUGUUCGCUCCCGUAUUUACUUCCAGUAACAGAGAAACCAUAACCCCCUCCCCCUUUGAGCUACAUUAGCUGUACAUUUUAGUAGGAUGAGUGGUUGUUUUAGUCUCUCACACGUAGGAACUUUUUUUAAGGGACGACACUUUUCUUUCCUGGAAGAUCAAAUUAUUUGCGAUUGUCCGUUGCGUCGAUUUGGUUGUUUUUCUUUUGCCCGUGUCAAAGAGAAUAGUCGAACAGCGAAGAAUUUCGGGUAGUAUCGGAACUCUUCGAUAUUUUGUACUUUUUUCCACAGCGUUGUAUAAGUUGUGACCACCGACUAGUAUUUGACAAAUUUCACUUCUGUGUUUCGAAUGAUUUCCUAACAUAAUUGUUUUUGGAGCAACAUCUUUGUUUUACUUCUGCAACUAGAGGAUAAUCGUUAAAGGCAAUUGUCCAUUUUACAGCAUAGAUUAGGAUUUAAGCUUAAGUUAUAAUAUUGCGCUGGUUCUGAACUGAUUUUCCGUCAUUAGGAAUAUACAUAUUACUCCACAUAGAGGCAUGUGAAUGACGAUAUUACUAUGUCUUUACAUGCUUAAUUCAUUUCCGCGUCGAAAGUGGGCGCCUUUUGGUUGUUCAGUUUGUAGUGUUGCACUCCAGGCUCUAGUAAUUAAUGUAUCUACGAGAAAAUAUUACCCGUCUACAACAUGAACUUGAAGGUACCUACUCGUAAAUAUUCCAAACGCGAUAUGCAUAUAAAUGGUAACGAAUAAAGAUUGGAGAAUAAUCAAA